GUCCGCCUACGUGCCCGUCGCGAGAGCGCACAGCUGGCGCAUCAGCUGGAAGGUGCCCAGGCGGAGAACGUCCGGCUGGGCGGCUCCGGCGGCUCCGGCGGCUCCGGUGCCAAGGGCGCAAACACUUCUCCCAAAGGUCCGUCUACACGGGCUGUCUGGAGACGCUGGACAGUGUCAACCACAGAAAGAUUCCCGUUUCUGCCACAGUUCCUCCAACUGCCCUCCAAGGUGCGGGAUGA